AUGCACGAGAUGGUUCUACCUGGGUUUUUGGUGUUUCUCUUAAAUUUCGGACGUUUAGAGUCCAGCACUACUGACCAGUAUAAGGACGUAUUUGCUAUGACGAAAAGCUGUUUAUCACACGAACAGCGUGGACCUCAUUUCCUCACACAGUACCAGAAAUACUUGGUCACGUGGGACGGUGAAGACUUUUUUAUUUGUAUGGUGCAGUUUGAAGCUAAGAACGAGGCAAAUGUUGAUACGAACUACAGAGUAUGCUUUAGAAUGUUACAAAACAACAAUUUUACAGACUGUGGCGUCAAACUUAAAUAUUACAGCACAUAUCAAGACGGUUUCCAACCCGACAUUGUUUACACUUGUGGACAGGAUGUUCCUGAUGAAUGGUGCAGCACAAGCCACGAGGCCAAAGUGUAUCUGUUUACCCAAGGUGUCACGAAUACUUCCUUUAGGAUUGAGGUCGUCGCUUAUGCAGAUGUCAGUCUGUCCAAAGUAGCAUGCGUUGGUAUAGGAAUUGUGUCACUGGCUGCCAUCGUCUUCCUCAUUAUUAUCAUCACGUGGACUGUGCGCAGGCGCAGCUCGAGUAAUGACGACUCAGUACAAACCCUGAACGUUGCUAGCUCUUUACAAAAAGCUGAUGAGGAGCAGCCACUGGAUCAUAAAUAGAUGAUCUGUGUCAGAAUGUAGACAAGACCCGGUGAUUAGGCUAGACUAAUAUCAGCUCUGGAUAUCAAGAGACUGAAAGAAACAGUGCGUGCCUUUAUGUUGGUGUUCUUCUUAUACAGAUUGGUAAAGUCCUUCUGGGUAGCUUGAUAGCAUAAAGUCCUGUUCACAAAAGACUGUCGAAAUGUAUAUUGAUUGUAUGGAUCAGGUUUCGACACGAACACAAACAUGCACUUAUUUGGUUGUCAGCAACCGUUUGAAGAAGAUACAUGCAAGGCCAAAUACAUUGCAUGGUGCCUUUCUCGACGAAUAUCGUUAAAAAGGCUAAUAACGAGAAUUUUGCAAUCACACAUACACAUUUUACAGAUAUUUUCAAAGACCAGUAGUAAUAUUUUGGAAGUACUUUUAUUCAUGGCAACUGAUUCUCAGGAAUACACAUUCAUAAAUGCUUCUUCUAAAAGUGUAAUGGUACAGCGUAGAAUGACUUGUAGUUGAAGUUUGUCGUUACGCCUUUCAUUAUUUAUUUUGUUUGGCGCUAAUCAUUAUAACGAAUGAUAACUAGGGCGAUAAUGAUAUUUCAGAUAUUCAAUAUUUCCAAUAGGGCAGCAUUUGUAAUAUCCGCUAUUUAUCGUCACAAUAAUCAGAUCAUGGUUGAUCUGAAGUGAGUGACGAUUUCCAAUCAUGAAUUUUUUACUUUGAGCAGUAAUUCCCUGAAUGACUCUGUUUUAGCAAGAUUUAAUGCUUGUUGUAAAGCUUAAUUAUACUUAAGUCUAUACGUCUUAUAUCUUGUGCUAAUUAGUCGAAUAGGGCAUGUAAACAUAAAAUAGCCAAGAAGAUAGAAUUAAGAGGGUAAAAUCUCAGCUAUGAAUGUUUUGAUAUAUUGACAGUAAAACAUUAAAUCAUAAA